CCCAGAAACAGCAAUAAAAGCUCUUCUUUCAAGAAACAGACCCACAGCUUUUACUAUUUAUAGAAACUCUUUUCACAAACUCAACCCUUAAUAACUUUAUAAGCUAGUAGUAUAAUUAUCCUCUGCUUCUCAUUUCAGGUCACCAAAUCAAAACCACCCACAAUAUAAACAAACUUAAGCACGCUAAAACAAGCACAAUCACAUUUUCACAUGCAUAUAUGCACUCCCUUCAUAUAACCCAAAUGCUUCUUAGUUCUUACUUUCAUUUCAUACACCUACUCACUUCUACUCAUUCUACCAUCAUGAACAACCAGCACCUCAACAACAACAACAACAACAACAUGACUUCUUCUUCUUCUUCGUCAUCAUACUACUCAUUUUCUCUCUUCUCUUCCCACGGCAUGACUGGAGUCUUUUCAUUACACGAUAUUCAAAUUGUAGAGAUUUUCCUUGCUGUUGCUGUUUUUAUAGUGAUACAUUCUCUAAGACAAAAGAAGUUCCAUGGUUUACCUGUAUGGCCGGUUGUAGGUAUGCUGCCUUCCUUAAUCUUUGGACUUAGGCAAAACAUGUACGAAUGGCUUACUGAUACUACAAACCGUCAGAGGGGUACCUUCCACUUCAAAGGACCCUGGUUCAGCAGCCUGCAAAGUGUGGUAACAUCUGAUCCUCGGAACUUGGAGCAUCUUCUCAAGGCAAAAUUCUCCAACUUUCCCAAAGGAGGGUAUUUUCGGAACAACCUGAAAGAUCUUCUUGGUGAUGGGAUCUUCAAUGCAGAUAACGAGACUUGGGCUAAGCAAAGGAAGACAGCAAGCAUUGUGUUUCACUCAACAAAGUUUCGACAACUAACUGCUGAUUCCUUGUUCGAGUUAGUUCAUAAAAGACUCCUACCUGUACUUGAGGAAUCACUGAAAAAUGAUAUCCCUAUUGAUUUGCAAGAUGUCCUGUUAAGGCUGACAUUUGACAAUGUCUGCAUGAUAGCUUUUGGGGUUGAUCCUGGUUGUUUAACCCCAGGGCUUCCGGAAAUACCCUUCGCUUGUGCUUUUGAGAAAGCAACAGAAGCAACAGUUCUCCGUUUUGUCACUCCAACCUGUGUAUGGAAGAUGAUGAAGUACCUCAACAUUGGGCCAGAGAAAGACCUGAAAGAAUCAAUCACAGGAGUUAACUUAUUUGCUGAUGAAGUUAUUAGGACAAGGAAGAAGGAGCUAGCUUUACAAGAUGAGAAUAGUAAACAGAGAUCAGAUUUACUUACAGUGUUUAUGAGGUUAAAAGAUGAGAAAGGACAGCCAUUUUCUGACAAGUUUUUACGAGAUAUCUGUGUAAACUUCAUACUUGCUGGUAGGGAUACCUCGUCUGUAGCACUCAGCUGGUUUUUCUGGCUUAUUAAUCAGCACCCAGAGACCGAGGAGAAGAUUCUAGAAGAGAUAUGUAGAAUUCUUCGCGAAAGGGAAAGUGCAGGUAAUGUAGAGAUUACAGGACCAGUUAUUUUCCAGCCAGAGGAGAUUAAGAAGAUGGACUUUCUGCAUGCUGCUAUCUCAGAGGCCUUGAGACUCUACCCUUCAGUGCCAGUAGAUCAUAAGGAGGUAGUUGAAGAUGAUGUGUUCCCAGAUGGGACAGUGCUGAAGAAAGGAACAAAAGUAAUAUAUGCUAUCUACUCGAUGGGAAGAAUGGAAGCCAUCUGGGGUAAAGACUGCAGAGAAUACAAGCCAGAGAGGUGGCUUAGAGAUGGGCGAUUCAUGAGUGAGUCAGCAUAUAAGUUUACAGCUUUCAAUGGAGGACCUAGACUAUGCUUAGGCAAGGACUUUGCUUAUUACCAAAUGAAAUUUGCUGCUGCCUCCAUUCUCUACCGAUAUCAGGUGAAGGUGACGAAAAAUCAUCCAGUUGAACCAAAGCUCGCACUGACUAUGUACAUGAAAUAUGGGCUUAAAGUAAAUCUCAUCAGGCGCGAUGAAGCUGAGCUUCAUAAACUCCUCAGGGUUAAAUACUAGAAGUAUUAAUUUCGACAAACCUGUGUGUUAUGUCUUCUGUUUUAGCUACUUUUUGUGAUUAAAGUUGUGUAAGAAUACAUAUGAUUAGAGUAAAAGACUAAAAGAUAAUUUGAGAAGCUAUUUAGAAUAUCCACAUUCAGGAGCUGCUACAUGUCAAUAUAUAGUUAAUUAAUCAUAGAGUUGAUAUUUAAAGUUUAAUGGAAGCAUUCACUAUUUGAUUA